UUCCCACCCUUAGCCCCAUCCUAACAAUACCUAUAACUACAACCACCCCUCUCUCUCUCUCUCUCUCAUAAAUCCAAAGCUGUUCUUCUGCGACUGACCUCCUCAUCUCCAUGAAUCGACCGCGGUCCGACCCAAAGGUCAUCGACGACGGGUCCUGAAGAUCGCACUCCCCUCCUUGACGAUGAAACCGGUCUCCCUCCUUCAGCGGCACUCCUCUUGCAUCUUGGCGUACAACACGGAACCUUACCAAUCCCUUGCGAGAGCCUAUCACAACGCCCACUUAAACCUCAAUCCAAGACCUCUGUCCAUUAGUCCAAUCAAAUCCCCUCCUAUUUCUCCCAGAUUCUCAGAAUCCACAGCUUCCAAUCACCCAAACUCAUUCCUCUCUUUGCUGCAUUCCUGCAACAAUAUUCUGACCCUCGGAAAAAUCCAUGGCCUGCUUGUGGUUCGUGGACUGACCCAUAACCUCCAAUUACAGACCAAAUUGAUCGAUUCUUAUGGUUCUUUUGGGAAACUCGAAUGCGCACGCAUGGCGUUUGAUGGUAUUCCGGAUCCGGAUCUCUAUUCAUGGAAAGUAAUGCUCAAAUGGUACAUAAUGAACGAGCGGUAUAUGGAAGCUAUUGGGUUUUACAGUUAUAUGAGACAACGUCUCAGAGAACAGGACAACAUCAUCUUCUCUCUCGUAUUGAAGGCCUGCAUCAAAUUGCUCGAUCUCGAUGAGGGGAAGAAGCUACACUGCCACAUAACUAAAGUUGGUAAUCCUGAUUGCUUUGUGCUAAAUGUUCUUAUCGAUAUGUAUGCGAAAUGCGGUAACAUGGAAUGUGCUCGCAGACUAUUUGAUGAGAUUCAAGAUAGAAAUGUUGUUUCUUGGACUUCGAUCAUAGCUGGGCACGUUCAGAACGAUUAUGCCGAAGAAGGGUUGGUUUUGUUUAAUAAGAUGAGGUGGGCGUGUGUUGAGCCGAAUGAAUACACGAUCGGGAGCUUACUGUCUGCUUGUUCGGUACUAGAUGCUUUGCAUCAAGGGAAAUGGAUCCAUGGUUAUAUGAUAAAAGAUGGAAUGGGUGCAGAUUCUUUCUUACGUACUCCACUGUUAAAUAUGUAUGUGAAGUGUGGACAAGUUACUGAUGCCCGCUCCAUCUUUGAUGGACUUUGCAAUGCAGAUACUGUCUCAUGGACUGCUAUGAUUGUUGGGUACACACAGAUGGGAUAUCCUGUUGAGGCUUUAAAGUUAUUUUCUGAUGAGAAGUGGAGUGGCAUAGUUCCUAAUUCUGUUACCUUAGCAAGUGCUCUUUCUGCUUCUGCACAGUUGAAAGAUUUGAAUUUGGGAAGAGUUCUUCAUAUGCUUGGGAUUAAACUAGGUUUAGAUGAGUAUGCUGCAGUAAUGAAUGCACUUGUUGAUAUGUAUGCAAAAUGUUGUGCUAUUCUUGAAGCUAUUUAUAUAUUUGAAAGGACCUCUGCGAAGGAUGUUGUUACUUGGAAUGCUAUGAUUGCAGGGUACUGUCAGAAUGACUUGGGCUGUGAAGCUUUGCUACUCUUCAACCAAAUGAGGUCAGAUGGCUGUCUGCCAGAUGCCAUCACAGUGGUAAGUGCUCUCUCAGCUUGUGCUUGUUUGGGAGCUCUAUAUAUCGGCAGUUGCUUCCAUGUUUUUGCCAUCAAGUGUGCUUUUCUAUCUAAUAUUUAUGUUUGCACUGCUCUUCUUAAUUUCUAUAAUAAAUGUGGGGAUGUGAUGUCAGCUCGUAAGGUCUUUGAUGAGAUGAGAGAUAAGAACACUGUUGCAUGGUGUGCAAUGAUGGGUGGAUAUGGAAUGCAAGGAGAUUCUACUGGGUCUAUUGAUCUUCUUAGAAAAAUGCUGCAGGAAGAUUUGCAGCCGAAUGAUGUAGCCUUUACGACCAUCCUAUCAACUUGUAGUCAUACCGGGAUGGUUGAUGAAGGACAGAAGUAUUUUGAUACCAUGUCAAAGCAUUACAAUAUUGUCCCCUCGAUGAAACAUUAUGCAUGUAUGGUUGAUAUGCUAGCUCGAGCUGGAAAGGUUGAGGCGGCCUUGGAAUUCAUAGAGAGAAUGCCAAUGCUAGCUGAUGUAAGUGUUUGGGGAGCUUUCCUUCAUGGUUGCAGACUCCAUUCAAGGUUGGAGUUCGGAGAAGUGGCGGCGAAGAAGAUGAUAGAGUUACAACCUGAGACUCCAGAUUACUAUGUUCUGAUGUCCAACUUGUAUGCUUCAGAUGGAAGGUGGGAUGAAGCGUUUAAGAUCAGGAAACUGAUGAAGGAGAAAGGGUUGAUCAAGCUGCCAGGAUGUAGCUCCAUAGGAAUGGAUAAUGGAUUACAUCCAUUUGCCUUGAAAGAUGUAUUUCUCAGGCAUGGCAAUACAUCACCAAAUUUUAAAGUUUCUUCUGAACAUAUGGCGCAAUGACUAGGUCUUUAUGUUGAUAAUGUUACGUUCAGUUUUGACUGCCUGAUGCAUAGUGAUCUUCUUCCAAUGCUCUUGGAACUACCAGCCAUGUGCGGCAGGAUGCAAUGAACCAAGUGCCCAUCAUGAGGUUGCACAGGAAUCAGAGCAACCGGAAUCAGUAAAAUGAAAUGAAUGCCAUCAACAGAUGACAGGCUUUUGAUGUUUAGGAGAUGUGUCAUCUGGGAAUACCUGCUUAUUGAUGAUAACAUUGUGGCAAUCUUUCAGGAAGAGGCAAAGAAGAGAUCGGUUCUGUAUCAAAACUAACCUCAUUUAUGUUGGAUAGUUUGAAGCUUCAGUUUUUUGACUUUUUCUUUUGUAUGAUGCUGUGUCCACUUUUAGUGUUUGCUGAUCGUGGAGAUAUGGGAACAGGUUGGCAGGUGCAUGGGUUUGCAGAAAAAUUGGUUGCCCAACAGAUGCAGAUAUUUCCCAUCAGCUCCUAUAGAUGUAAGCAGAAUUUAAGCUAAUCAACAUUGCAAGGAGGACUUCUCAUCAGAUAAUGAGGAAAAAUUUAAAUCUCAGGGAUGGAACAGUGAUGGGUUACAUAAAUUUAGCAUUGCAGAUGGCCUCUUGCAUUCAGCCAUGAGAGGAAAAGGCAGAGAAGCCCAAUCCUGUGCACAACACUUCCAAAGCUGGGAAUAUUUUUCUGAAACGAGGAAAUUUCUCUCAAAAAUCUGUCAGAAAUUAGCUUAAAGGGACCCAGUUUAGUUGCAACAAUAAAUUCAGUGUGAGAUGAUUUAGGUAUAGCCACUGUUUGUACCCAGUAGUAUGGUAGAAUGAGAACCGACUCUGUGGGACAAGUUUGGAAGCACAGAAGUGUCCUGCUGACACUAAAUUCUUAGAAUAUUGUAUAUUCUGUUUUCUUAACUAAUAUUUCAAAACUCAGUCUCCAUGGAAUUAAAGAGCUGUUUCACAGAAAAUAUUCUUUUCUAUUAGACCCUGGCUUGAAUUCCCUCCACUUGUGCAGUAGUAUUGAAGUCUUCUUUUGCAAUCAUAUGGCACAAAACUCAGUCUGUGUAGUCAAUACUUUGGGAACGCAUACUUCAGUUACAUGAGAUCAUUUCAGCAAGGGUGAAUUUCAUCGAUAUGUUGGUGUGGAACAGAUGAGUAUUACAACCAUCUAUCUCAAUAAUUUUAGGGGGUGUUUGGUUGAAGAGAGUGGAGGCCUCGAACCGGAAUCAGAAUGGGUGACUCCCAUUCCAACCGUUUGGUUGGGAGGAAUUUCAUUCCGAUUCCAAUUCCAGGAUGGAAUGGAAAUUGCUCAAUGUAUAUAGAACUCAAUCCCUACUCUCCUCUAUGGAUUCAAAUUUUUAUUCCAAUUCCGAUUUCGAUUCUGGUCAUGAACCAAAUGCUUCAGAGGAUUUGAUCGUUCCGAUUUCAAACUAUUCCGAUUUUCAUUUUCAUUCCGAUUUCGAUUACGAACCAAACAUUUUCUUACAACAGCUGCUUCCCCACGUGAAAUGCAAAUCAUUCGUAUGGUUGACCAUAACUAUGAGUUUCACAGGAGUACGACAAUCAUGAUUCUUGGGGUUGCCCAGCUCGGCCGGCCUGGGAGAUUCCAACAUAGAGCUCAAUCGGAUGCGGGCUUAAUUCCACUGGCACAUACCAUGGAGCGAAAGGCUGCAUGGCCCUCCUCAACCAAUUCCAGGUGGCUGCACGAAUGCAAGAACCGAAGGAAUGUAAUUACUCCAGUGGGAGAAACACGAGCAUUCAGCAUCUCCUUGAAAAGCUUCACAGCCUUGCCAGUGAAGGCCAUAGCAUGCAAUCAUUGCAUUCCAAGAGACCGCAUUCAUCUCCACCAUACCAUCAAAAGAUCCUCCGAGCUUUCUCUUCUUCCAAAGUUGCGUGGGUCCUGUUUUGGAUCUAUGGUGAUUUACAAGUUGUUAGUUUGUCGUAUCGUUUGGGUUCUUUCUGCUUUAGCAGGUUGGGUUGUAACUGCUAACUUUAUUACCUAUGUUUAAUUCCA